AUGAAUACCGAUUUGUUUGCACCUUUUCAAAAUUUCGAAUUUUUGGCACGAUCUACUCACCCGAAGUACACCGACGUAAUAGCUGACGAGUACUCUCGCAUUUGUCAAGAACCAUUAAACGGAACUUACGAAAACUGGAAGAAGCCGAAAAACAAAAACAAAAAUCUUUUUAGAAACAUCCCAUGCUGGGAUAAUUCCCGCGUGGUCUUACACCAGACCAACGAUGGAGCAGAUUAUAUUAAUGGUAAUUAUGUCAGUGGAUUCGAGCUGAAGAGGAAGUUCAUCGCAACGGAACAACCGAUGGCGAGCACCUUGGGCAACUUCUGGACCAUGAUUUGGGAAGAAAACACGCGUGUGAUUGUUAUGUUAAAUGGUUCCGAAGAAGAGGCACAGCAAUCCUAUCCAUAUCUUUCUUCGAGUCAAACUGACAUAAUCUCUGGAGACUUCAAAAUCAAACAGAAAGAGCGUAACGAAGAAAAAGACUACACCGAAACAGUAUUAAUCAUCACUCACUUAAACAGUGGACAGUCAAAGAGGGUAAGUCACUUUAAAUACCUUCAUUGGCCCGAACACACAUUUCCCCAUGAAGAAGAUAUUCUGAAGUUUUUGGAGAUUAUAAACAACAGAAAUGCAGAAUUUUUCAUCGAAGCAGAGGAGUAUCACCAACGGAUGCCAGGUGCUAUUGUUGUACAUGGCAAUGCUGGCAUCAGAAGAACCACCGCGUUUUGUGCGAUUGAUAGCUGUCUUUACGAAGCUGUAGUUAAGAAGACUGUAUCGAUACCAUCGGUUGUAUUGAGGAUAAGACAACAAAGAAACUUCAGUUUUCCUGGUCUUAGUUAUUACACUUAUGUGCACAGUGUUUUGUUGCACUUUCUGGUACAUCAUUGA